AACGGGGACGAGCAGCAGAGUCGCACCAACACACUUUCCGCUGAGCCGCUACUUGACACACACACAUGCCCACACUCCGCGGCACGUGUGCGCUGACGCCGAGGCUGCUCCCGCUCAGGAUACUCUCACUUCCCCCUCGUCCGUCUCUUCCUGCGUCUACCGCGCACGCACGUGGACCCGCUCCGUGCAGCGGCCGCACUCGGCGGCACCGGACCGGACCGGACCGGAGCGCUGUCACCUGUCACUGAGCGACUCUGGCGCGGGCGUCCUCCGCGAGGCACGGCUGCCUCCCCCCCUCCCCUCCCACUCCUCACUCCCUCUCUGUCGCCCUCCACUCAUUCAUCCCUUGUUCUCGCAGCGGCGAGGCGGCAUGUGCGGCUGAAGGACACGGCGCCGCGCUCUGCUGGGGUUCAGACUGCUGCUGGGGGAGUUGGAGAGCCCGAUCGGACCGACGGGACGGAUAGACUCACUGCGCUCCCUCCCUCCCUCCCCUUUCUCUCAGUGUCCCCGUUCAUGUCUCUAUCCCCACGCUCCCUCGCUCAUGAAUGUCACCUCUAUCCCUGGGAAACGCUGGAUUCAAGCCUCUCUCCUUUUCCCUCUCAGGGGCAAAAGCGGUGGUGAUGACAGCUUGGAAGACGCCGAGGAAAUAACCCCCGCUCUGUUCGGCGUCGUCCGUCCGCAUCCUGUCAUCCUUGUCCCGUCUCGUGGAGCUCGUACCUCAGGUCGGACGCUCUCAGCUUGUUCUUCUACUUCUCUUGCGCGGAAAUUGUUCGGACGGAGAAAUUUCGCAAGUGAGGGAUAGAAAGACACGGAUGUGCAGUGUGUCCCGACCGUGUCGCUCUUGAUGUUUUGGUGAGUUGAAUUUUGGGCUUUUGGGCUUUUGACCCACAGAAUCCAACCUGGCUUCUGAUCGGCAGGAUUAAUCAGGAAUCAGUGUGAUUGUUGUUGGUUUUAUAAUGCAGUGAACAGUUUAGUCACUGAAGCCCUUCAGAUGGGAGCGAGUCCAACUUCCCAGGACCCCGGGCAGGGAUAAGGACGCAGUCGGACUGGGACAUUUGGCAUCACGGAACGCUGGAUACGCUACGCUGGUUUCUGGGUGGAUAACGCCAUGACCUGUCCCAGUGGGGGGAGAGUGACGCGGUAAGGCUUCACCUGAGCCUGACCCACAGAAGGACAUUUUAAGGCCGACGCUUAUCCAUCAAAACUCGGGUUCCACCGUACCCCUGCCGCUGCUCCCCCGCCCCCUCCUGCUCGCUUCUCCGUCAUUUUCAGCCGUUCGCCUCGUCGCUCCGGCCCGUCCUCGGAAGCUCCCUAUUCCGGACUCGGCACCCGUCCCUCAGCGGCGCUCCCUCGCCCUGGGUGAGUGGGCAGGGGGGUGGCCCACGGUACCCCCCGACGCCUGGGUGCCAUCGAGCCGCCAGAGGCUGGUGAGGCGGCAGCAGGGUCACAGCUGGGAAGAUGGCCGCCCUCGCCAGCUCCCUCAUUCGGCAGCGCAGGGAGGUCAAGGACCCCCAGGCAAACCGGCAGAUCGCCAGCAAGCGCAAGCCGUGCCCGAAGAGCAACAAGUCGCUCUGCCAGAAGCAGAUCCUCAUAUUAAUAUCGAAGGUUCGACUAUGUGGCAGUCGAGGGAGAAAAAUGGACAAGAGACCGGAGCCCCAGCUGAAGGGCAUCGUCACCCGGCUCUACUGCAGACAUGGCUUCUACCUCCAGAUGCUGCCAGAUGGCACCAUGGAAGGCACAAAGGACGAAAGCAGCUCCUUCUUGCAGUUCAACUUGAUUCCUGUGGGGCUCAGAAUAGUGGCCAUCCAGAGCACCAAGACAGGGCUGUACGUCGCCAUGAACAGCGAGGGCUACCUCUACACGUCGGAACACUUCACGCCCGAGUGUAAGUUUAAGGAGUGCGUGUUUGAGAACUACUACGUCACCUACUCGUCCAUCCUGUACAGACAGACCCAGUCGGGCCGGGCCUGGUACAUUGGGAUUAAUCGGGACGGACAGGUCAUGAAAGGGAAUCGCGUCAAGAAGACGAAGGGAGCCGCUCACUUCCUGCCCAAACUCAUUGAAGUGGCCAUGUACAGGGAGCCCUCUCUGCACGACGUCGCCGAACAGAGUCCUCCCAGGAAAACACCCAAGACCUCCAGUGACUCACCCGUGCACCAGAACGGCAAGAAGGACGCUCAAACCAAAGCCAAAAGCUCCAACUCCUAGCGCUCAGCGACGCGGGGGACGAGGGACGGAUGACACGGGGCCCCGGCCAACGCCUGAACGGGGUCGUUUGGGCUGCACCGACCCCACAGAACUCCAUAUACCACAAUGCACUGGUGCAGAGGAGCGGAUCUGACCUCUUUUAACUUCAGAGACCCCCGUUCACACCAGCCCUCCACCUUCCUCUUUGAUAACAGCCGGGGAUUUAAAAGCAAUAACUCCACGGAGCGGUGAACAGUAGCCUAGCAUCAUAUAGCAUGUCACCACAGCUGGCCCCGGCCAGCUGGAAGGGUCCCACCCGCGUCAGCCGCCCAUUCCUCCACUCAACCAAAUUCCCAAAGCGGUGUUUUUAUGUCCCUCCCGCGUCCCACAGAGCGAGGCUGUCACAGGGACUCUGCAGACUUUAGUUCCACCGCCAUCUGCUCGAACCACGUCUUCCGUGAGUGCCGGCGACUCUAUGACGCGCGCGAGGCCCGUUUGUGUCCUCAUAUGUGUGCAUGUGUAUGUGGUCUUUUUGUUUCUUGUGCGACGUCAUUAGUUUGUGACACGGAGUCUAAUUUCCCCUUACAUCCUUUCUGGCUUUGUUAAUGGAGUCGGAGGUGGAUUCAAAUGUUUCACGGCAUGAACACACACUCGCGGGUCCUCUGGCGUUCGACAUCCAGCCAAAGUGGCUUCUGCACUCAGGCCGUUGUGAGGGCCGAACGCACACACGUGGUGGAGCGUGUGUGUGUGUGUGUGUGUGUGUGUGCAGAUGAUGAUGACGACAUCAUCAGUGAGAUGAGGUGCUGAUAGAACCUGAUGUAGCUUAUGAUGACACUGCAAUUACUAUUUCCACUGUGGCUGACCAUGCAUUGCACAAAUGCCCGAGGCGCAAACAGCACCUGUUUUAUUCCUCAUCUAAAACAUACAGGAAGCGUUUUUAUUUAGCUGCCUCUAUCACCAUAUGAGAAAAAAAAAUCAUUUGAGUUUAUGAGAACAGUUUUCUCCGGUUCCUUGCUACCUGAGCGCUGCUGUCCUCAAGCCAGUAUUAUUAUGCAUUUCUAUUAUGGGCUAUAGGCUUUUGAAUGAGAUGCAGUAGGAGGAGGCCACUUCAGUUUCUAGAUAAAACAACAUCAGGUCCACACACUAAUUAAGCUAACUAGCAAAAUUUAAACUAAACACUAUCCAUAUAGUAACACAUAAUACAACUUUGUCCCAAAUCCACAGUACCUCUAAGCACACGUGUAUUAUGUUGGGACACCAGAAAGUAGUUUACUUGAAAUGUCUUGAAUGUGCCAACAGAAAAAUGGAAUUUUUGUGUGUACUGUACUUUAAAUGAACACGUUUUUUAUUUUGCAAUGCACAAAGGAGAUGGUGAGACGAUCCCGUUGCCUUCACUAAAUGACAUCUGUCACGGUUUGUAGCCAGCUGUGUAGAGGUAAUUCUUCUUUAGGAGAUGAGUUGGAUUAAAAUCUGUAGGACUGACAAAACUAAAUUGAGACAAAAUGAUUAGCUCUUACAUGUUUUUGAUUGAUUUGAUUUUAAAACAAAUCCUAACAAAUACUUAGCGGUGAAUUACUUUCAAGGACACUUACUCGACUGACAGGGAUUAAUCCUACAGUUACAUUUAGGUACGAAGAAAUGUUGCUUGCUGCUGUACAUAGAGUACAUGUACAAAUUCUGUUAGAAACAAAGAUAUGGAAUUCUCUGGAGAGGAAUAUUUGAAAGAUUUUACAGAUGCCAACAGGAAUCCUCAGCUCUCUACCAAAAGAAUGUUCUUGAAAUUGCUUCAAGGUCAUUGUCUAAGAACAAAUUCCUCCAUCAGUGACGCAUCGAGGCCCGAUGGGGGUGGGUUCUGGAUGUCUUUUGGUCCAGAACAUUUUGUAAAUCCUAGAUCAUGUCCGAACUGCAAUCUUAGUUGAGCUGAUUUGAGUUGAGGGUACAUUACGCUGUACAGCCACUACUCGAUGAGCCUUUACUCAUACCAGGAGCACAGUACUUCCAGUGGUACUGCAAGCCAUGCACAGAUACACUCAGCUGGCACUAAAGAUGAGAAUAUUUCCGGCUCCGCUGCUUCUAUCUUGACCAUUAUUUUUUAUAUGUGGAGGUUGCUGCAGCGGCUCUUUAUGACCUUCCUGAGUCUCAUUCACACGUUUUUGUAGCCGUGGUUUAAUCUGCCUCUCCACAUGACUUCCAAUAAAUCUCUCCCAAGACAAGUGAAUUCAAGCCUUUAUUUUCUUCACUUGUUAUUUGACAAAGUUUGUGAUGCUUUGACCCCAACUUUUUUUAGAUGGCUUACAAUGACAGGCACGGAGGUCAUAUACAGUAUGAGACCAAAGUCAAAUAGUGAAUAAUAUGAGAUGAUAUGCUUCUUGUAUAUACAAUGAUAGAUAGAUCUGCGUAUGGUCAUGUAGUUAGCGUUUUAGUAGAUUACCUGGCAACUUUAAUAUUUAUUAUUGAAUAUAUUCUUGUUUCGGGUCCUUUUCAUUCAAUAUGAAAAGCAGUCAUUUUUCACAUCUCUCACUCUCGGACCAACGUGGCAGGCAGGUAAUUGUUUCUGCCUAAUGUUUAUGUAUUGCGGGACGCUCGGGAAUCCCGUGUUUCAGGGGGUACGGGCGAGACUAGAUUGAUGAUCAGGGCUCAGGACGGAACCAAAGAAAGAAAAGGCAGAAAGAGAGGUUUUUAUGCGGGGGAAAGUUUGUGGUGAUGAGCGGAACAAAAAGAGAUUUAAGAGGGAAUUAUGGUAAUGUGGACACACGUAAUCCUCGGCUCCCCCUGUAACCUGUGGUUGUAAAUAAUGAUAGCUGAUAACCCGCGCAGCCGGGAAGCAAGCUGCUGAGUAGAGCAAACCGCCACGCCAGAGAUAAAGGGAACUUUCACUGGGCUCUCCUGAGGAGAAAUUGCUUUACUUGAAACAGGAGAGGGAGGUUAAGGAAGAAAUGAUGAGGAGAAAUAAUAAACAAAGAGAAUAAGGCGACGCACCUUUAAGUUCAGCGAAGCCACACAAGCUACAGUUAAAAAGGCAUAGUCACAGUGACAACCUUCAUUGACUGUAGGUUAAGAUGUUUGACUAGUCGCCCACUGUGGAUGUUUGACUGUUUAAGCUGUUAAAGCGAUUACAUAGAUGAUUAAUUAGAUGAGGCUCCUGCCUGCUGGAACUGAAUCCUAGAGGGAUACUGUUGGAGAGAGACGAGGACAUAGCCAUGACUUUUGUGACAUGCUCAUGUCACGUAUAUUUUAAGGGCUGGUGAAUUCUAUGUUGCAAUAUUUUCUUAGGUAUCUGUCAUGUGCGUUGUUUUCAGAAGUGAACCUUCUCAUUGUAAGACAGAAAGCUGUGCUGGGGAGUUAAGGGCUAAAACUCACAUUUUAAAAAUGGGGCACGCCACCAGAUUGGGACUUAGUGUUGGUCGUAAAGACGCUGUAUUUAACUUUUGAAAAUAUUUUUUUUACUUGAAUUGUGUUCCAAAAUGUCUUGUUGUUGUGGGGCGGCGCUGCUGCUGCCUCCUGUGAAGUCAGAAAUGUGAUUGUGAAGGUUCUUGAGUGAGGUUUUCCCUUUUCAGCCAAUCGAGGGGUGCAAAUAUCGAUUAUUAAGUUCACCAACUUUACUAUUUACUGUGAUGCAAUAAGGACUAAUGUAGUUUUAGACUAAUGAUAACAUUAGCUUUAGCAUUAGCUUCUAUGACCUGCGCAGGGUAACGCUAAGCUAACAGCUGCAGCUGCAGUCAUUGUCAGCGUUUCAAACAUGAUGAGCUACAGUAGAUCAUCAGCAGGUCAACACUUCAUACAGUAUUGCACUGUACAUCCCUUUUGAUGAGUCCAGUUUCAUAGAGAGAGUUAUAAACAUAGCAUUUCGGCAAAUGGAGGAUGAAGCAGUACACAAACCUGAGCUAAGUUCUUCUUUUAUGCUCUAAAUACAUGUAUUAAUAUUUCUUUACAAAUACAUCUUGAGCUCCGUUCAGUUCUAAUUUCAUCACUGAACAGUUGUGAGUGAUGGACUUACAUCUCAGUUCAUCGCUGAGAUGUGGAAUCAGUUAUUAAAUGCAUCAUAACACCUACAUUUUUAAUAUGUAGGUAAUUGGAAUUUUUAUUCUAGUUGAAAAGGCUUUGACCAAAAUAAACAUAAAUUUAUGCCAUAAAACAAUAUGGUUGUGUUCCUAAUGUUUGACAAAUCUGACAAAUGAUCUCUUAUUAAUCCCCAAUUUUGUAAUUACUACAUAUUUUGACUGUAACAAAUAUGAUGAAAGGUAUGGAACCUGCAGGUAGUAUAUCUAGAAGGAGCAAUGAUUUAGAUUAAGAUGAAGUGUGUAAAUGUGCGUCCCACGCUGUUACAAAAUUCUUAAUGGCGAUUGAUGAGUUUUCAUGGUUGCAUGCAUGAGUGUGCUAUUUUGUGUUCGUGCACUCUCAUUAUUUCCCUCAGCUGAGUGUUUUUGAUAAAGUCAGCUGCCCUACAGCCUUCAGGCUUCCCUUGAAAUGAGUCUUUCUGAUUCGCAUGAUCUACAGAUAGUUAUUAAUCUCAGCCUCCAUCCAAGCUCAUGUUUGAUUAGUGAUCCCCUCUCUCCCCGGUCAAAUUUAGCGUUUUAUCUUUUGGAUAACUAUCUCUGGGUUCAUUCUUAAGUGUUCAACACUGGCCCUUUGGAGAGUGUAACGUCUACAUGUGGUCACGGUGCUUAACAACGAUGGGAGACAUGAGUGCGUGUGUGUGUGUGUGUGUGUGUGUGUGUGUGUGUGUGUGAGUCUGUGUGUGUGUAUUUGAGGCUAUCGAAGGUAGUUAAAUGAUGUAUAUCUGAUUCAGCGGCCAACUUCACACAUCACGCACACCCGUCUCUCCUGGGGGACUCCCUUCCCUUCCAUUUCUCCCGAGUCAGUGCCCUCCCUGCUUACCGAGCGGAUUACAACUGCAUAGAGGGUCAUCUGGGGUUGUGAAGGACUCGGAGACACAGCCGUGUGUCACACACUGUGGUGGAGCUAACUCGUGCCCUCGCGGCUCCUCUUUGAUGCUUCGCUUCCUCUCUGCACGCGUGCGUCCCUUUAACCGGGAGGCUCUAUGCACGUGUGCGUGCUGAUUUACUACAUCACGCUCAUCAGUCUUUGUGCGUUAUUGCUGUGCAUCUGUGAUUGAAUAUCUGUGUAUGUUCAUUAUGUGUGUUCAACAAGAGAGCGAGAGCGAGAGAGAAGGAAAGAGGAAAACGGGGGAUAAAUCAGAGGCCAAAUCAAUGAGCAUGAGUCCUUGGAGAGAAAGCAAUAAAGUCCAUUAACAAGGUGCAGCCACAUUAUCUGGGAAGGUGUGAAAGCUGUGAUUAUUAUUGAUACAAAAAGCAACUGGGUGUUUUAUUAGGGCUUUUAUUUUUCUAACACUUUGCCCAUUGUUAUGAGCAGCUCGGUUUGUGUGUGUAUGUAUGUGUGUGUGUGUGUGCGUGUGUGUGUGUGUGUCUGUGUGUGCAUUACUUUGAGGUGGAGUCCCUCCACCACAUCUGCAAUGCAGCAGAAAACACAAAAAAGAGAGGGAGGAAAAGAGAGGCUCACGUGCUCCGACAGAAAAGUGACGCCGUCCUCGGACGGAUUUUCUCCCUCGCUCUUCUUUUCUCGUUCCCUCGGCUGCUUCAUUAAAAACAAAGAACUUUUAAAAACAGCAACUCAAGAAGCCCAAAGUCGCAGCCAGUUCACGAUCAACCGACAGAUCUGCCCUCCUGCCAGCGUCAGGCUGUGUUUUUAAAGGCACACCCAUGAUCCCUGGACACAUCUGCAAUGCACACAGCAGCCUGCACCAAGCAGUGCAGAUGUGAGUGGGGAAGGGUGACCUUAGCAGACAGAUCACGGAGGGACUCCACCUACAAGCUAAUGCUCCGUCACUGUUUAAGUAGGGGUUUGACCCAGUAAGCUUUAUUGUCGUGUGUUUGUUUAGCCUUUAAUUGCAUAUUUGUUGUUUAAGUAAAAGGUAUGAAUACUGUGACCAAUGGGAUUCACUGUCACGCCCUUUAUAAGCUGUCAGUGGUCUGAUCUUGUGUGUUUGUUGAUCUGAUGUGUAUUCACUGCUGUUUCAAUUCAUAUGAGUGUGUAUUCUCCUGUCUGCCAAGAAAGAAAGGUUACAGGACCUCAAAGCUCUUCCUCCUACUGUAACUCUCCACAAUCCUCGAGCACUCACCUGUCAAUCAAAUGCCGCCUGACUGACCUCUGACCUUUGAUCUCUUUAUGGGGGUUUAAUUGGCUCACCAGCAGCACGUUGACUGCUAAUUCACCGUCUGUCUCUUCCUCAACCACACACGCGCGCACACAUCGAAAAUCUACCUGUGACGCGUGUGUGUUUCUGUGAAACUUUGAAUGGGUUAUUUGGUUUUGUUGUACUGCACGGAUGAUCCAAGUUGUUGUUACAAAGUCUUCCAGAAAAGAUUUUAAGGAAACCACCACAAUCUUACUUUCCUUUUUGUCUUCCAAAUGCAAAAAGAAUGCUUCAGUCUUCCAGCUUCCAAAGCCACAAUGACACUAUUUUUGUAUUCAGACGGGGCAAAAAAUAUAUCGAUAUAUCUGUCUAUCUCUAUAUAAAUAUAUCCAUGCAAAAGUGGUUGGGGUGCAGUAAAUCCCCUUGUUGCUGGCGUUGUGGAUCUACACAACUACUAAACACCACCCAAACUGAUGGAUCACGUAGGGAAAUGAGUUACGGACACACAAGUUGCAGUUUGAAAACUCCCGGUUAAGGCGAAGGAUCACAGAUGGGAGGGACUACAAGCAUGCAUGCGCCAAUCCUAUACUGGACACCGUCAAAGAAACAGUCUUUACCCAGUAUUUACUCUUUAAUCCCUUUAACCCCUCGAACGCUCCUUCCUCCACACUAUUAUCCCAAACUCUUGUCUCUGCAUUUGCAAUAUGAUCUGUAUUUAUUUCUAUGAUAACUUACACAAAGGCAAGGGAGACGUAUUAUUGGAUAUAAUUGAAUAAAACAAACUAAUAUAUUUGUAUGAUUGUA